UUUGCUGAGACAUCGAUACACACGUCCUUAACUCGCUGGAACGGCUUGUUUUUUUUAAUGUUAAGAGAGCUAUAAAUACGAGUCCUUCAAGUCGGCUUGUUCAAAUCAUUUUCAACGAAGAGGGAUCACAAGAAGAAUUUCCACUGAGCAAAUUAAGAAAAGAUUUUUGUGCCGAAGAUGAAUCGUUUGUUUGUGGUUGUGGUUUUUGUUAUUGCUUUGGCAAUGUUUGCCGCUCUUCCAAGUGAAGGAGCAGCGGCAAGGAAAGGUUUCAUAGCUGCUAAGGAGAACUGUUUUGGACUCUGUCCAUCAUGGUGUACAGGCGGAUGUAGAUGCAUAUGCUACCCAACAUGGCCACCGGGCAGUGGAGCCAAAUGCAACUGGUCGUGUAGCUUUUAAACCAAAUCCCUGACUUCCUGCGUGCCUGAACAACGUCAUUUCUUUCAAGACCAACCAGAAGACUGUAGAACACUGUAGCUAGUACUAGAAAAUCAUUUUCGAGGUCAAAUGUUUUGAAUGGAAUUCUACUCAUUUUCUCUUAACAAUAAAUAUCUGUAGAGCACAAAUUUGUCCCAGUUUUUUAUUUCUUUAUUUUUCUAGGGGGGAGGGGAAGGGGUGGAAAUUGUACCACAGGAAUCCCACUAGUAUAAAAACCAUUUAAUACCAGGAACGCCUGGCGAUAAAGGCUGUCGCAUUUAAAAUUUCAAAGUCAUACACAGAAUGCUUGAAAAUUCAACAGUUUAUCUCGAUCUUGAGUUUGAAUAUUUGAUAUUUGUUAUUCUAUUCUCUUAAUGAAACUAAAGGAAGUUUUUAUUGAAUGAAGAUGAACUAUGAACUUGAAGAGACAGAUUGCAUAAUACUACAAGACCUGCUGUACAAAGAUAGCCAUAACACAUGUGCUAGACAAGACGGGAAAGCUGAUAUAUUGUCAAAAGAUAAGCUGGAUUUAUUCCUGCCCAAAGACUGCAACUGUGAAACUCCAGUGGUAGUGUUUAUUCACGGUGGAGGAUGGAUGAGAGGCGACAGAAGGGCUUAUCGUCAUUAUUUUUCUUGCUACGACACUAAUCUUCUGGUAGCUUUGGCUUUAGCAUACUACGAUGCAUACUGGAACGUCGGCAAGGCUUUUGCAAGGGCUGGAGUCGCUUGUGCUGUUGUUUCGUAUCGAUUGAGUCGACUAGAGUUUCCCUGGUUGAUAAUUGAACUCUGUUUUUCUCUUUUUAUGUCAUUAUCAGUUUUUUUAACUCCUCUUUUCUGCUUUGCUGUACUGGCGUAUUGUUCUUCACGGAUCUUUGGAUUUAAUGUAACAACUUUAGACUUGGCUAGGACAUCGUACAUGCCUUUAUUCACUGUUACUGUUAUCUUAGUUCUCUCGUCAUUCUUUAUUUUAUGGUUCAUUAUUUGCAAUGCUGGCGAAGGGUAUUUCAUUACCCCAUUAGAAAAGUUCUUGCCAUUAUUAAUGUCACUCCUUGUAACAUCAAUAUCCAUGCUUAUAAUCGACAUAAAUGUUACAUCGGUUGCAACCUGUUUUACCUUAUGUCUGGGUCUCUGCCUUCUUCAUUCGUUUGGGACAUUCCAGCAGACAUGGCGUCCAGUGGUUACCCACCCAUCGCACAUAACUGAUGUUGCAUGUAGCGUGAAAUGGAUCAAAGAUUAUGGCUCUACGACCCAGAAAUUCAAUCCAAAUCAAAUCUUUCUUUGUGGACAUUCAGCUGGAGGGCAUUUGGUUUCUCUAUUAGCACUUGAUCAUAAAUACCUAAUGAAAUUUGGAUUAUCUGUAACUGAUAUUAAGGGUGUCAUGUCAUUGUCGGGUGUCUACAACCUACAUAUUCUUUCUGGUGGUCUCCUGGAGUACCUCUUCCUAAGACCUGCAUUUGGACAUAACCAUGACAACUGGACAGCUGCAUCUCCAUAUCAUCAACUAAUGCGACACAAAGAAAUCACCAAAGAAACAAAUUGUAAACCUUACUCAAGCUGCGGGUGUUAUCAUGGUGAUGAUAUUUCAGAGUGUUUUUGUACUGUCAAUACUAUAAACCAAGAGAAAACUCCAUUUCUCAUCUUAAAUGCAGAGAAAGAUCCCCUUUUACAGCAAGACGCUGAAGAGUUUGUAAAACUUUUGAAAAUAAAAGAAUAUUCAUGUCAGCAUCAUGUAGUGAAAAAAACAAACCAUCUUUCCUUAGUUCUGUCAUUUGGAAGGAUUCAAGAAGAAUGGCAAGCAGUAGAAGAGCAUUGCUUGAAGUUCAUCAAAGACAUUGGGUCCAGAAUCAAUUGAUAUCAAAGUAUUCUUUCAAAAGCAUCAGUUAAAUU